AUGUUAGAAGUGCUCAUGUUUCUGGAUUUGUUCUAUGUUGUGCACUGCGAUGAUAACUUGAAUAUGACGCCAUCGGUUCCUGAAGCACUUCAGAUUAUUUCACCACUUAGCCCAUUAGUCCCUGCCACAUGUGUAAAUGGUGGUAAUUUAUGCGAAAAUGAGGCAAGCGAUAAGGACUGCGCUGAUGUUUUCGCACCACCAAAUACCAACGUGCAUCCGUAA